GUUUCAGGGGCGGAGCUUCAGGGGAGCUGGGGGUGCGGCGGCCCCGGAUGAGAGGCAGAAUGUGACAACAGGGAUUUUAUCAAAUCUGAUGAGAGCUGGUGAAAGCGGCCUGCUCCUGUUGAGUAUGGUGCAUGUUGGAUUAUGUUGUAUGACACCCCAGUUGAUUAUAUAGUAGGUUGCCCCAGUCAUUGUUGCUAAAAACUUUACAAGACCGACUAAUUUUAGUGACUUAGUGGGUGUAAAAUAUUGAAUAAAAUGUUGAGCCUCAUGUCUGGCCUUAUUUUCACUCUUACAUUUACGACACACAAAAAACAAGUGGAUCGUCCAUGUUGUCUCCUAGUGUAUUCUGGGUAAAACUUGUCACCAGCCUUCUACCAACGUCAUCAUCAGUCACUUGGCAACAAAUGGGAAACUAGCUUGAGCAUUUUUACGGACUAAGUUAACACGAGUGGAGCUCCAUGGAGCGGCAAAGAGAAAAGGAUAGAAAAAACAGAGCAGGGAAAAGCCAAAAACUGGAAGCAUAUUUUGUUCCUCAUCUUGGACAUGAACUGAACUUUUUUGUUGGCAGUGAUUCAGACCCGCCAAAACUGCCAGCCCAGCGAAGGAGCCGGACUAGUUACAGGCAAAUCUUCACUGAAAUCCACAGUAGCAUGGCUCUAAAUAAUCCCACCCCGCUGGGACCAUGGAAGAUCACAGUUUAUGACCAGGAAAACUUCCAGGGCAAACGUCUUGAGUUCACCUCGGCCUGCCAGAACAUCAUGGAGUGCAGCAUCGACAACAUCCGCUCCCUCAAGGUGGAGUGUGGAGCCUGGGCAGGAUAUGAGCACUCCAGCUUCUGUGGACAACAGUUUGUGCUGGAGAGAGGAGAGUAUCCUCACUGGGAGUCGUGGAGUGGCAGCAACGCCUAUCACAUUGAGCGGAUGAUGUCCUUCCGGCCCAUCUGCUCCGCUAACCACAAGGAGUCCAAGAUGGUUCUGUUUGAGAGGGAGAACUUCAUAGGUCGCCAGUGGGAGAUAAACGAUGACUACCCCUCCCUGCAGGCCAUGGGCUGGAGCAACAAUGAGAUCGGAUCUAUGCAAGUUCAGAGCGGAGCCUGGGUUUGCUACCAAUUCCCAGGUUACCGUGGUUACCAAUACAUCAUGGAGUGCGACCGGCAUGGUGGUGAAUACAAACACUACAGAGAGUGGGGCUCCCAUGCUCAGUCCUUCCAGGUGCAGUCGCUGCGUCGGAUCCAGCAAUGAGGCCUGCAGCCGCCUCUCCCUACCACUCACUCUUCACCUCCUCUUCUUUCUUCUCCCCUCAUUCAUCUUCAUCCAUUCACCCUGUCAUUCCUGCACCUUUUGGGGUUUCCCAAUUGAGAAGCUAACACAAUGUUUGUUUUGUUGCCAAAUAAAAAAGCACUUACAAAGGAUUGAGAGGAGAGAAAAAAAAACUGACAAUGAAGAGAAGCUCUGGACUGAUGCCCCAUGAGGAAAGAAGAAAAGGGAAGUAAAAAUCCUCGCAGUGGCAACAGAGCAGCGGAGUCACUCAGGCAUUGCUGUGUAACUUCACAUGUUUGUGGGUCACUAUGGUGAUGCCGGUGAUGAAAACAGAAAGAAUGGGCAACUUAAAAUAAACACAAACUCAAACAGUC